AUGGUUAGAUAUGGAACUGAAAAGGCAAUUGGGAGAGCUCUGAAACGAAGCAACCUAUCUCGGGAACAGCUUUUCAUCACCAGCAAAUUGUGGAAUAACAAACACCACCCUGACGAUGUGGAGAAAGCGGUUGAUCAAACACUCAAGAACCUAGAGGUUGACUAUCUUGACCUGUACCUCAUGCAUUGGCCCGUUGCCUUUGCCCGUGGCGACGAGCCUUUUCCUCAGGAUUCUCAAGGAAAUCCCAAAACCGCUGACAUUGACUACGUCGAUACAUAUAAAGCUAUGGAAAAGCUGGCGAAAUCGGGGAAGACUAAAGCUAUCGGAAUCUCGAACUUCUCCAAGGCGGAAACGGAAAGGCUACUUCAGAACUGCUCCAUCGUUCCGGCGGUCAUUCAGAUGGAAUUACAUCCCUGGCUACAGCAGAAUGAUUAUGUCGAAUGGCUCAAGAGCAAAGGCAUCCACGUCACACAAUAUUCGUCCCUUGGGAACCAAAAUGAAGUCUACUCUGGCCGCGAAAAGUAUGGACGACUGAUCGAAGACGCAACCCUUGCCAAGAUUGGUAAGAAGUACGAGAAGACAGGGGCGCAAAUAGCACUUGCAUGGGGUAUAAACAAGGGCCACUCUGUUCUUGUUAAAUCGAAGACACCUCAACGCAUCCAACAAAACUACGAGUCCGAUUUUGAGCUGAAACCAGACGACAUGAAUGCCAUUGCAGCAAUGGAUAAGAAACUCCGGUUCAACGAUUCAAGCGCCGAGUUUGGCUACAACUUCUUUACGGACUUGGAGGGCAAGCAGAAAUAA